AUGAUCAGUCCGGCGGUCGAGAAUCACGCGGUCCGCCCUCCGAGCCCACAUAUUAGCCUACUUGCAGACGUUCAGGUGGAUCAGGCUGCUCAGAGCCUCGCAUUCCCGCAAUCUCAAGAAAGGGAGGAAGAAAGUCUACUGUCAACAACUGAGAGAGCUGUCUCGGGUCCUCAUGAAGAUGAAGGCAGGUCUGAUUCGCGCUCGGACACCACCAUGAAGGAUGUCUCUAUCUGGCGGCCUUUACAUACCCGGCCUUUGAUUAUCAUUGCCUUUUCCGCGUGGUUUGUGGCUCUGAUAGGGGCUCUUGCGGCUUUGUACACGAUUUCGGAGCACAACCAAGGAUUAUUCCCGAGUACAAACGAGUUACAGUAUCUCUGGAGAUACACGCCUGUUGCUGUUCUUACAUUGACUACAAGUCUCUGGGGGCUUGUCGAUUAUGAUGUCAGGGUCACAGCUCCCUGGAACGACAUCAUGAAAUCAUCUGGCUACCAACCUUUGCACAAACAAAGCAGCGCUUUACUGUUGGAUUAUAUCGAUAUGCUUUCUAUCAAAGUGCCUCUCCAUGCUACUUACAAUCGCCACUUUGCCGCUCUUGGCAGUUCCAUCAUACUCGUUCUGCUGCAAUGUCAAACCGUUAUAUCUGCCGGACUCCUCGCCGUGUCUCGCAUUGAAGCAGAGAAUCAGCAAAUCCCUUUCAUUUUGACGAGCAAAUUUACAGAUUCUGGAUCAAUAAAUCUCCAUGACACUAAUAAUCUCGCCCACUCAAGAAUGUUUCACACUUUGACGGGAGAAAGCAGCUUUCCAGAUGGCUGCACCGACCGUUGGGCUUAUCAGACCUUUUCGACCUUCUCGCAUGGGAUUGCUACGUCAGAAGUCCUGGUAGACGCAUUAACGUACGGGCUCAGCUGUGAGCCAGGCAAUAUGACGCUUAUGUCAUUGGGAAGUCUUCUCUUCCUCAAUGACUCUCACACAACGAAUGGCAAUAACGCUGUAGAGGUAAUAGAACCCAGUUACCUGAAGUUCCAGAUUGGAGAUUGUGAGCUCCCUGAAAUUCUACGGUACGACGCUCUAGGAACUCAGAACGGCACGAAUAUCGCUCAGUGGUGGACCAUCUCACUGGCAGAGGGAUUUGUGCCGGGCAACUGCAAUUCCUCCGACAUGGACCGGGACCAUAAACGCCUGAUAGUGUCAUUCAGCACGAUCGAGUACAUUGUCAGCAGCAAAAGGAACGUAUCCGAAGACGUGGGUGGCCAGGUCCAUCAAGGUAUGAACUACACAUAUCAAGCCACACGAGUACGCGCUACUACCCUUGUAUGUGCUGGUACAUAUAACUUCACCACUGUCCGGGUUCAAACACGUAACAACACCCGCCAAAUCACAUCAGUGGAAGAUACGGGACCCCCAAGAACUCUACCAAAUUUUCAUCCAUGGACAAUUAUCCAGUCAAUGAAAAGCAUCACCUUAGAUGUUGAAACCAAGAAUAAAACAAAUCCGUUUCCAGAUCAAUUGCAGGCCUGUGAUGGAAAUUGCUCCUCAAUGUCUUCCUGGGACAUAGCCGACUUGUAUAAUGCUUGGAACGAGUUGCACCAGAGAUUCGCUGUUUUCUACUGGCAUGAUACGAUGUUCAAUCCAGCAAAUAUAGGAACGUUUGGUACCGGAACUAUUGUGAGCAAUCGUUUGGUUGUUCAAGACUUGGCAUGCCACUUCCUUAUAGGUUCCUUAUCAAUAUGUCUCAUCAUUCUAGUUGGAUUCGGGAUUCAAAUACCAAAAAGUUGUGGGUUUUCCUGUCGGAUCGGAAGUCCAUGGAGUGUCGGAAUGCUUUCUGGCAUGGCAUGGCUAUUGAGCUUCCCUCGUGAGCUUGGAGGCACUGACCUGAAACAGCUCAAACUCGAAAUCAACCGACCCGGCCAUACAGUACCGGGCUUUGACCCGGCCAGCUGUCCAAGGCUUAUAAAAAGCUGGGGUCUACGCUCAGUCAGUCGCAUAGGAAUUUUACUAUACAUGGCUCUUCUUAUUGCAACACUGGAGACAGCACUUAGUCAAAGUGAACGAAUGAACGGAAUCGGAGAUAUUGAGAACGACUCAUAUCUUCAUUAUGCCUGGACUACCGGCCCUGCUGUUGUACUUACCCUAUUAUCCAUGGCAAUAUCUUCGGUGGACUUUCAGACCAGGAUGAUGGAACCUUUCGCUUUCCUGACUCAGACCGCAGACCUCGACAUUAUUGAUCUGGACUUGUUACGGCCAUCCUGGCCGGCCAUCCUUAAACAAGAGUGGUGGUCAAGGAGUUUCGGUGCAUUGGCAACUACCACAACCACUCUUGUUGCAGCGUGGCUCACAAUCGCCUCAGCUUCUCUAUUUCACGAAUUGCCUGUCCCUUCAACCUCAGAGUUACAAAUUGAGUCGACGAGUCGUUUCGUGACUUCAGGCCAGUGGUGUGACAACAGGGCUUCUUUCCCGGACUCGUCCCCAAUUCUCAUAGGUAAUCAGUCUUAUCCGGCAACAAGCUACGAGAACCUUGUGUUCCCUGAACUAUCUCUUGAUAAGGCGGCAUUGGACAGCAUUCAAUACGAUUUCAAUAACAAAGACUUCAAUAUAACGGCGACCAUACAAGCUUUGCGACCUAGUCUAUCAAAUUGUCAUCUGUAUUCCGCUGCCGACAUCGAAACCACUAGACUCCAGCAAGUAAUCAUAAAUGAUGGCAAUACUUUGCGAACUUAUGGAGCUGCACAGAUAGUGGACUUCAUCGCAGUUACUGUCAGAGGCGAAAGACUUCAUGACUGUCCCUGGAGGAAGGAUUGGACGGUCAAUGGUUCCGGAGACUCGCUGCAGCCGGCCCCUGAUGUGAGGAGAAACUACACCGCAACAUUCCCAAUGCCGAUAUUUGCAGAUGGACAAUUCGGGGCAGCUCAGCAAAGAUGCAGCUCUUAUUUAUUUAUUUGGGGACGUCACUCGCUUAAUAACCCUGAUUAUAGCUCUACUUCGGUGCUCAGUUGCAAUCAAACGAUGGGCGAGGUAGUUUCUGUUGAAAUGAACUUUGCCGGCUCCAAUUCGACAUUGGAUCUCGCCCGACCUGUGCAACCCUUGAAUGCAAGCAGCAUAUGGAAUAGCACGAUAAGAUUGCCAGAUGAUAGCACGACCUUUUCAAAGUGUGUUUCAGGUGUCACCACCAGCGUGUUCGACAUACCGCUUCAUGAACUCUACCAAAUGCUGUAUCUUAACUCCCCAGCUACCCCCAAAAACUGUUCGUUUGACGGCUUCUUUGGUCAGCUGGUCACGUCCAGAUAUGCAACCUUGAUGGCAUCUAUUGGAGACAUACUCCAGGAAAACGCCGUGAAAGACGCCAUCCUCUUCCAGCACAGCAUCAUAGCAGCCCAUGCAUUAGAUGGCAUUGGCCGGAUCACGAACCUCAGUGCAUUAAAUUUCCCGGACUCAGAAGGUAGCUUCGUGCCUGUUGCACUUCUCAGCGACUCCAUGUUUGAGCCGCACACGUUCGAUGCAACGGUCAUUUACGAGAACGAUCGACUCCGGCUAAUCCAAGAUAAGAAGGCUACUCGAAUCCUAGAGGGACUACUUGCACUUACAAUGGUCUUGUUCCUCUUGGGGUGGGCUUUGGCGCAUAAGAAGCCAGUGUUGCCUAGAGCCCCCACAAGCAUAGCAAGUGUUCUCGCCUUGCUGGCAGGAGGCGACCUACUCGAGGCCAUGUACAAGGAUAAUGACGAAGAAGCGAGGACAACGGCGGACCUGAAACUCAUGUUAGGUGAGGAUUGCCGGGUCUGGUUGGGAAUGGGACCUCCUGACGGGUCGGCACCGGCGGCAGGUGGCAGAAAAAGAUUUGGAGUUUGGGUCACGGCAGGUCCGUUUCGUGAACGUGAAAAGCCUGCGCCGGCAAGGAAUAGAGAGAGCGAGGACGAACUUUCGUAA